GACAGAGCCUCUGUGGUCAGUGACAAUUUCAGGCUACAAUUUAGUCUGCCCUCUGUCCUCUCCUGAGCCAGGUGGACUGCCACUGUGACACUCAGUCGCGUUACAGAAACCGCUGCCGCGAUGAGGCUCUUCUCCAUUCUGUGCUUGCUGCUCCUCAGCCUCGGGGUGGCCUCUCGCCCCCGCUCCCGCUCCCGCUCCUGGGAGAAGAAGGUGAAGGAGUCCUCUGUGGGUGCUGGGGUAACUCCCAGAAGCGAGGACUUUGCCUUCAACCUCUACAGGGCCUUGGCUUCUGAAGCCCCUGGUCAGAAUGUCGUCUUCUCCCCCUUGAGUGUGACCAUGAGCUUGGGCAUGCUCUCUCUGGGGACUGGCUCCCACACUAAGACACAGAUCCUGGAGGGCCUGGGACUCAGUCUCCAGCAAGGCCAAGAGGACAAGUUCCACAAGGGCUUCCAGCAGCUGCUGGAGAGGUUCAGCCAACUUAGAGAUGACCUCCAGUUGAGCCUGGGCAGUGCCCUUUUUGCAGACCCAGCAGUACAUAUUUGGGACAGCUUCCUGAGUGCCAUGAAGACGCUGUACAUGGCAGACACUUUCUCUACCAGCUUUGGGAACCCUGAAAUGGCUAAGAAGAAGAUCAAUGACUAUGUGGCCAAGCAGACCAAGGGCAAAAUUGUAGACUUGAUCAAGGAUUUGGACAGCACCCACAUCAUGGUGUUGGUAAAUUACAUCUUCUUCAGAGCCAAGUGGGAGACAGCCUUCAGUGCCAAAAACACCCAACAGAAAGAUUUCUACAUCACUCCCAAGAAGACCAUACAGGUGCCCAUGAUGAACCGUGAAGAUGAGUACUACUACAUCUUGGACCAAAGUAUUUCCUGCACAGUGGUAAGGGUCCCUUACCAAGGCAACGCCACUGCUCUGUUCAUUCUCCCCAGCGAAGGCAGGAUGCAGCAGGUGGAGAGUGGCCUGAACGGGAGAGUACUGAAGAACUGGCUGAACACAGGCACAAAGAGUCGGUUCAGACUUUACCUCCCCAAGUUCUCCAUUGAGGGUACCUACCAACUAGAGAAAAUCCUCCCCAAACUGGGCAUCAGGGACGCCUUCACCUCCCAUGCUGACCUAUCUGGCAUUACUAACCACGCCAAUAUCAAGUUGUCUGAGCCCCACUGUCUGCUGGCAGAUGGUACAUACAUCCUUGGUGGAGGUAGACGAGUCAGGAACCAGAGCAGCUGCUGCCACAGGAGAGCUCUUCACAUUCAGAUCUGCUCAACCAAUGACUGUGGAGAUAAAGUUCGACAGACCCUUUCUGUUUGCCAUCGUGGAAGGCUUGAAUCUGUUGUUCCUCGGCAAAGUGACCUAUCCCUGAGGUGGGACUCUUUCCAAAACCCACUGGCCUACCCACAAGGUGUUCUAAAUAAUAUUGAUAUACUAAGGGUGGCUUCCUUGAUCACAGUUGCAAGGUACGUGUUCUUGCCCUCAUCUUUCAUCCAUGAUUGGCACUGAGCCCAAAGAGGCCAGCUGAUUUCUUCAAGCUCCCACCACAUUUGUGUCAUAGUCACGUCUAGACCCCAGGCUGUUUGUGCUCAGUCUAGCACUACAAUCCUUGUAAGAGACUGUCCACUAUAGGUAAAGUCACCAGGAAGCACAUUUUUAAGUGUGGCAUUCCACCUAUCAGCAGCAACUAUCAGUUCAUCGUGGUUUAGGAAGGACACUGGACUAAGGCUCUGGGACGGCACUAAAAGCUAUGUAACAUGGGAAUGGAAUGACCACGCUCCUCUCUGGACCUUUGUUUUUCUGUGUAUACAAUGAAGGAUUAGAGCAAGAAGUCCAUCCACUGGUAUGUGAAAUCAUUGCACCGGUUGACUGCUCUGUGCCAGUCAUGGUUGAUAUAAGAUCUUAUUUCAGUAGUACAUUUGAGUAUCCGGGUAGAAGUGUCUCACCACGAACAAAGGGCUCAAUUCUCAAACCUGACUGGGGCGGAACAAAAGAGGCCUGUUGCAAACAGUAGAACACGGAUUGUAGAUUGACUUGUUGAUUUUCACCUUGACAAUAGCAAUAAAGCAUUUCGCAAAGA